AUGGCAGUCAGACUGUGUGAUGUGGCUUCUCUGCUUAGAAGUGGUUCGUGGGCAGCAGAGCCUUGGACUGGGCAGGUAAUUGCUGCCAUGGAAACACAGCUGUCCAAUGGUCCCAGCUGCAAUAACACAGGCAACUGUCAAAACAGCAUAAACAACUGCACGUCACCAGUGGACUCCAGCAAUACAGAGGACAGCAAGACCAACCUAAUAGUCAACUACCUGCCUCAGAAUAUGACCCAAGAGGAGCUGAAGAGCUUAUUUGGGAGCAUUGGAGAAAUAGAAUCCUGCAAACUAGUCAGGGACAAGAUUACAGGACAAAGCUUGGGUUAUGGUUUUGUGAACUACAUUGACCCCAAGGAUGCUGAGAAGGCCAUCAAUACCCUGAAUGGACUAAGACUUCAAACCAAAACCAUUAAAGUUUCCUAUGCUCGUCCCAGUUCAGCAUCUAUUAGGGAUGCAAACCUCUAUGUAAGCGGACUUCCAAAAACUAUGACCCAGAAAGAGCUGGAACAACUGUUCUCUCAGUACGGUCGCAUUAUUACAUCUCGUAUUCUUGUUGAUCAAGUCACUGGUGUAUCCAGGGGAGUUGGAUUUAUUCGCUUUGACAAAAGGAUUGAGGCUGAGGAAGCUAUUAAAGGCCUAAAUGGUCAGAAACCACCUGGAGCAACAGAACCCAUAACUGUUAAAUUUGCGAACAACCCAAGCCAAAAAGUAAACCACACUAUUCUGUCCCAGUUAUACCAAUCCCCAAACCGGAGGUACCCAGGACCACUUGCUCAACAAGCUCAGCGAUUUAGGUUGGACAAUUUGCUCAAUAUGGCUUAUGGAGGCAUAAAGAGUAGAUUCUCACCAGUGACCAUUGACGGUAUGACCAGUUUAGCUGGUAUAAACUUCCCUGGACAUGCUGGCACUGGAUGGUGCAUAUUUGUAUACAACUUGGCACCCGACGCAGAUGAAAGCAUCUUGUGGCAGAUGUUUGGUCCUUUUGGAGCUGUCACCAACGUUAAAGUCAUCCGUGACUUCAACACAAACAAAUGCAAGGGCUUUGGUUUUGUGACUAUGACAAACUACGAUGAGGCAGCAAUGGCUAUCGCCAGUCUAAACGGGUACCGCCUUGGUGACAGAGUUUUGCAGGUGUCUUUCAAAACGAGCAAAACACACAAAGCUUAA